AUGGAGAGAUUAUCAGUCAGAUUAAAAUGACCAAUCUGGUCUUGGCUGAGAUUAAGGAGCUGCUGAAGCAACAGGUUAGAGAGAUCGUGUUCCUGAAGAACACAGUGAUGGAGUGUGAAGCCUGUGGAAUGGGAGGAAUUCAACCCGUUUCCUCCUGCGAUCCCAACCCCUGCCACCCCGGGGUGACGUGUGUGGACAAACCCGAGGGUCCGGAGUGCGGACCCUGCCCUGAUGGCAUGCGGGGCAACGGGAGCCACUGUACAGAUGUGGAUGAGUGCACAGUGAUACCCUGUCACAUGGGGGUCCGGUGCAUCAACACUUCCCCUGGUUUCCGCUGCGGCUCCUGUCCUGCAGGUUACACCGGACCUCAGGUUCAAGGUAUCGGGCUGGCCUACGCAUCUGCCAACAAACAGGUGUGCAAAGAUAUCAAUGAAUGUGAAGGCCCCAACAGAGGAGGCUGUGUGGAGAACUCUGUGUGCAUGAACACACCUGGCUCGUUCAGGUGCGGUCCCUGUAAAACAGGUUAUAUCGGGGAUCAGAAAAGUGGCUGUCGUCCCGAGAGAGCUUGUGGGAACGGCCAACCCAAUCCGUGCCACGCCAGUGCUGAGUGCAUCGUCCAUCGAGAAGGCAGCAUCGAGUGUCAGUGUGGAGUGGGGUGGGCUGGUAACGGUUACUUCUGUGGUUCUGACACGGACAUAGACGGUUUCCCCGACGAGAAGCUGAACUGUCCUGACAGAAACUGCAAUAAGGACAACUGUCUCACCGUCCCCAACUCUGGUCAAGAGGAUGCCGAUGGCGAUGGAAUUGGGGACGCCUGCGAUGACGACGCAGAUGGCGAUGGGAUCCCCAACAUGCAGGACAACUGUGUACUGGUGCCCAAUGUGGACCAGAGAAACAUCGAUGAGGACGACUUCGGGGACGCCUGCGAUAACUGCCCCGCAGUCAAAAACAACGACCAGAAAGACACAGACUUGGACAAAUAUGGUGAUGAGUGUGAUGACGAUAUAGAUGGGGACGGAAUUCCUAAUCACCUGGACAACUGCAAGAAGGUUCCCAACGUAGACCAGAAAGAUAGAGACAAAGACAAAGUGGGGGACGCCUGUGACAGCUGUCCUUACGUUCCCAACCCGGAUCAGAUGGACGCAGACAAUGACCUGAUUGGAGACCCCUGUGACACCAACAAGGACAGUGACGGCGACGGCCACCAAGACUCCCGGGACAACUGCCCAGCCGUCAUCAACAGCUCCCAGCUGGACACCGACAAGGACGGAAAGGGAGACGAGUGUGACGAUGACGACGACAACGACGGCAUCCCAGACCUGUUGCCUCCUGGUCCGGACAACUGCCGCCUGAUCCCCAACCCCCUGCAGGAYGACUUGGAUGGCGAUGGUAUCGGUGACGUGUGUCAAAAGGAUUUUGACAACGAUACCAUAGUUGAUCCCAUCGAUGCUUGUCCAGAAAACGCUGAGGUUACUCUCACCGACUUCAGGGAGUACCAGACGGUAGUUUUAGACCCUGAAGGAGAUGCACAGAUAGACCCCAAUUGGGUGGUUCUGAACCAGGGCAGAGAAAUAGUCCAGACUAUGAACAGUGACCCUGGUUUGGCUGUGGGUUACACUGCGUUUAGCGGCGUGGACUUCGAAGGGACGUUUCAUGUAAACACGGUGACGGAUGACGACUACGCCGGCUUCAUAUUUGGCUACCAGGACAGCUCCAGUUUCUACGUGGUGAUGUGGAAACAGGUGGAGCAGAUCUACUGGCAGGCCAACCCUUUCAGAGCUGUGGCACAACAAGGCAUUCAGUUAAAGGCGGUGAAGUCAAUCACAGGUCCAGGUGAGAAUCUGAGGAACGCCCUGUGGCACACCGGGGACACCAAUGAGCAGGUCAAACUCCUGUGGAAGGAUCCUCGCAACGUUGGCUGGAAGGACAAGACCUCGUACCGCUGGUUCCUGCAGCACCGACCUGCUGACGGCUACAUCAGAGUUCGUUUCUUUGAGGGUCCUCAGAUGGUGGCGGACACAGGCGUCGUCAUUGACGCCACGAUGAGAGGAGGCCGGCUGGGAGUCUUCUGCUUCUCCCAGGAGAACAUCAUCUGGGCCAACCUGCGGUACCGCUGCAACGACACUCUUCCUGAGGACUUUGACAACUACCAAACCCAGCAGGUCCAGCUGGUGGCCUGACGACAGCAAACAAACCAAAAGAAAACAUGAUCCGACACAACCAGAACCAAGACUGAUCAUAAAAACAUUUAAUCAGAACUCCAUCAAAGGUGAAGUGAUGGAGAACAGCAGCAUUAAAGACGUUCCACAGGACAGCAACACCAAAAAUAAACGUUUUCAUUGUUACUUAACAUCAUUUUCUGUCUUUGAUAAUGRUGCCAAAACAUUACGCUGUGGAUAAGAUUGCUUCAAAUAGAAACCACAACUGCACAUAUUCUAAAAUAAAAGACAAAAAUCAGAAGUUAUUACCUGACUGUGAACUCUAGUUGUAAAAUGCAAACAUGUUGGAUUUUAUCUUCUGUAAAAUAAUGAUUUAAAAUUGCAUUAACGUUAUAACUUGAAUACCGUAAACCUUUUUGUGCACAAGUUAAUUUAAAAUAUUUGCUACCAUAAAAAGAUGAACAAGUGCCACGUCCCACCAGCUGCCCAGCGUUCAUCCAACCAAAGGAACCUCACAAUGCAGAGUUGUUAUAAGUCAAAGUUUGUAUCAGAUGCUGAAACUGUUCAGGUUUCUUAAAGUCCUUCUGCAUUUGCCUUCAAUGACUUCACAUCCGCUGCUCUAACCUCAUUAGAAACUAUUGGGUCACAAACCUAUUAGGGCUCUGCUCUAGUUUGUUUUUACCUGCAGCAAGCAGCUUUGAGAAGAUUAUAUUCUGUGAUUUCUAAUGUGGUUCAAACAUUAUUUAUCCCACACUGCUUGAACAUUUUAAAAAAGGCCACCCCCGGAAUCAAUAUUUAACCGGCAGAUAAACAGUCUCUUGUUACACUGGGACUACUGAGCGUCUGAAAUGAGGAUCAGCAGGAGCUUCAGUUUGCUCUCCUCAGAUUCCCUCUGAGGCCUGUCUGCUGCAAUUUUAGAAGUGCGUACAAAUAACCGGUGAAGUGAUUUUCAGUAUGGUCUGACAAAAAUCAACCAGAUAAAUAAGUGUGGGUUUCAGGAAGAAUCAAACAUUAUCUCACUGUAUUUUAUCUGUCAUACACAAAAUCCUUUUUGGUAGAAGUGAAGAUGGUCUGAACUGCUAAUGCAACAUCUGAAGCUUUUAACAUUUUUGGCCACGUUGCACCUUUUUAUGAACCUAUGUGGUGUUUGUCCUGUCUGUACGGACUCAAUAAAAUGGAACAAACUGAUAA